UCCUCUUCCCUACGCAACCAGCCAACUCUCCCCAUAAAUCAAGAAUUAAUGAUUUCUCAAAUCAUGUAGAAUUUUUUAACUUUUGAAUGAGUUUGAUGCCCUUGGAUGCUGUAUUUGUGUGCAAAGUGAGUUUUCAACGUCCAGAGAGCGGAAGAAGAGAAGAGGAGGCUGAAAGUUACGGCCUUUAAGCAAAGAAAAAAAAAGUAAGCAAAUUGCAGAGGAGAGAGAGAGAGAGGAGAGAGGGGCUAAAAGCCUAAAACGAGUUUAACAACAAAGCAAAGAGAGAGAAGGAGGGUUUGAGGUUUUGCCCUACUGUCAUGCACUUUGUCAUCACUCUCGUCGGAUGCGAUUUAUAGAACUCUGCAAAUAGUGGUCUUUCUCUAUCACUACAUUCUUGAUUAGGGCUUCUCUGCGUCACGGGUUCACAAGCCGAUUCGACUCGGCCGGGUGAACUGGAUCUCUCUCCAACUUCAAGAUUUGAAUGGCGCAUUCCGUGAAUGAUAAUAGCAUUGAGAGUUUGAUAUCUGCAAGCAAGGCAUUGAGGCUAAGCUUACAGAAAUCACAGAGCAUAGGGUCGGUUCUGGAGAAAGCCGGAAACCGAUUUGAAGAGAUAAACCACAGAUUACCUUCUCUUGAAACUGCAGUUCGACCCAUUCGCGCAGACAAGGAAGCCCUUGCUGCUGUCGGUGGUCAUAUUAACCGCGCUGUUGGCCCUGCUGCAGCUGUGCUUAAAGUUUUUGAUGCUGUUCAUGGACUCGAGAAGUCUCUAUUGUCAGAUCCGCGUAGUGAUCUGCCUGGUUACUUAUCAGUGUUGAAACGUCUGCAAGAGGCUCUUAGAUUUCUGGGUGACAAUUGUGGAUUGGCAAUUCAGUGGUUGGAGGAUAUAGUAGAGUACUUGGAGGAUAAUGCGGUUGCGGAUGAGAGGUACCUUUCAAAUUUGAAGAAAUCAUUGAAAAGUCUCCGAGAAUUGCAGAGUGAGGAGGAAAAGGCCAACCUCGAUGGAGGGCUUCUGGAGGCUGCUCUGGAAAAAUUAGAAAAUGAGUUCAGGAGGCUCCUCACAGAACAUAGCGUGCCACUUCCAAUGUCAUCACCUUCAUCUCUUGGAGAACAAGCAUGCAUUGCGCCAUCACCGUUACCUGUUCUGGUAAUCCAAAAGUUGCAAGCUAUACUUGGAAGAUUGAUUGCUAAUAACAGACUUGAGAAGUGUAUAUCUAUUUAUGUUGAAGUUCGAAGUUCGAAUGUAAGGGCAAGUUUACAAGCUCUCAAUUUGGAUUACCUUGAGAUAUCAAUUGCAGAGUUUAAUGAUGUGCAGAGCAUAGAGGGAUAUAUAUCACAGUGGGGAAAGCAUUUGGAGUUUGCGGUGAAACACUUGUUUGAGGCGGAGUAUAAGUUGUGUAAUGAUGUUUUUGAGAGGAUUGGAUUGGAUGUGUGGAUGGGUUGCUUUGCAAAGAUAGCUGCUCAGGCUGGUAUUCUUGCAUUCCUACAAUUUGGUAAGACUGUUACAGAGAGCAAAAAAGAUCCGAUAAAGCUUUUGAAGUUGUUGGACAUAUUUGCAUCUUUAAACAAAUUGAGACUGGACUUCAACCGACUUUUUGGUGGACCAGCAUGUCUUGAAAUCCAAAUCCUGACAAGGGAUCUCAUUAAGAGUGUCAUUGAUGGAGCAGCUGAAAUUUUCUGGGAGCUUCUUCUUCAGGUGAAACUGCAAAGGCAGAACCCGCCUCCUCAAGAUGGGAGUGUUCCGAAAUUGGUCAGUUUUAUUACGGAUUAUUGUAAUAAACUGCUUGGGGAUGAUUAUAAGCCAAUCUUAACUCAGGUUCUCAUCAUUUAUCGAAGUUGGAAGCAUGAGAAAUUCCAAGAAGGGCUCCUUAUAAAUGAGGUUUUAGAAAUUGUUAAAGCCAUUGAGCUAAAUUUGGAGGCGUGGAUAAAGGCUUAUGAGGAUACCAGCUUGGCCAACCUUUUUGCAAUGAACAACCAUUGGCAUUUGUACAAGCACCUGAAGGGAACUAAACUGGGGGUUCUGCUGGGGGAUGCUUGGUUACGAGAACAUGAACAGUACAAAGACUAUUAUUCCACAGUUUUCUUGAGAGAUAGUUGGGGGAAACUUCCGGGUCAUUUAAGUAGAGAAGGUCUGAUUCUGUUCUCAGGUGGUCGUGCCACUGCCCGUGAUCUUGUCAAGAAGAGGCUAAAAAGCUUCAAUGACGCGUUCGAUGACAUGUAUAAGAAGCAAUCGAGUUGGAUAAUGUCAGAUAAAGAUCUAAGGGAGAAGACCUGCCAGCUCAUAGUGCAGGCUGUUGUGCCUGUUUACAGAAGUUACAUGCAGAAUUAUGGGCCCUUGGUCGAGCAAGAUGCAAGUUCAAGCAAGUAUGCAAAGUACUCUGUGCACACUUUUGAAAAAAUGCUCAUGUCUCUUUUUCAGCCAAAGCCGGUUAGAUAUGGCAGUUUCAAAGGUAGGCAAAUGAGCGGGAAAUUCAAUGGAGUAGCAGAUCUCCGCCGUACUACCUCUGCGGUUGUGUGAUUGUCGAACUAUGUGCAUUGUGGAAUCACAUGGCGGGACUAUCCUCCCCUCUACAUGAUUGGCCUUUCAUCUUGUAUAUGACGACAUUCUCAGGAGCCUGGAACUGAAUACUGCUGUCCCAUUGCCUGAGAUUCCAAGAUAUGGCAUCCCUGUAACUCAUCUGAAUGCUAUGAAGAGUUGAACACUGUUUCCAUUGCGUGCGAGUUCUAGGCCAUGGGGUCUCCAAUUCCAUGCAUGAUGGUGAACAAUUAUAUAACCCAGUUGGACCCUAGCGUAGAUAAUAUAUUCAGGUAUAGCUAUCUGUUUUCUUUGAUCUCAGACUCAUUGAUUAAGUUAUAUUAGGUUAGGCAGCUGGAGAAACGUAAUAGCUUUGCUAGAUUCUGUGUACAAUUCUUUCGUAUAAAGUGCAUCAAAGAGGUCUACCUAGGAUUGAAUUAAUUACUUGUAAGAACAUGGGAAAGCUUAUAAUUUAGGGACCUUCAUGAGAUGCUAGUUUUUGUGCUCCGAAACGGCAUUUUUGAGAACUUUCAAAAUGCCUAAGAGCCAAGUGCUGUCGGAAUACUGUUGAGAAUAAAGUGCCUACUCGUUUUGA